UCCCUCUCCCCUUCGAUUCUGGCGUACUAAUAUAUUCCCUGUCUCGUCCUCCUCUCUAAAUUAUUUAAUUAAUUAAUAAAAUAAACAAACACUCAAAAAUCUUGCUCUUUAUAAAUAAAAAUCCUCUUCGUUGAAAUCUCGUCAUUGUCUCUCUCUUUCCUCUGUUCUUUUCCUGCUGACUUUUGAGUUUAAAAAAUGGCUGAAUCGGUCGAGUUACCGAGUCGAUUAGCGAUCCUUCCGUUUAGAAACAAGGUGCUUUUACCUGGCGCCAUUAUUCGCAUUCGCUGCACUUCGCCCAGCAGUGUACAACUGGUGGAGCAAGAACUGUGGCAGAGAGAAGAGAAGGGUUUGAUUGGGAUUUUGCCUGUUAGAGAUGCUGCUGCUGCUACGACGGAGACGGCAUCUGUGGGCCCUACUUUAUCCGACGACAAAACUCGUGCUGAAAGUGAUACCAGUGAGAAAAGCUCUAAAACUCCAGCUAGUACAUCCUCGGAUAAUGUCAAGCCUGAUGGGAAACACCAGCAAGAAGUUUUUCACUGGCAUAACAGGGGAGUCGCAGCUCGUGCUUUGCAUCUGUCUAGAGGAGUGGAGAAACCUAGUGGGAGGGUGACAUACAUAGUUGUUCUUGAAGGUCUGUGCAGAUUCAAUCUUCAUGAACUUAGCACGAGAGGGGCAUAUUAUACUGCGCGGAUAUCUCCGCUUGAAAUGACAAAGGCUGAGCUGGAGCAAGUGGAUCAAGAUCCUGGUUUUGUAGCCCUGUCUCACCACUUCAAAGCAACUGCAAUGGAACUCAUUUCUAUUCUUGAGCAGAAGCAAAAAACUGGUGGGAGAACAAAAGUCCUUUUGGAGACUGUUCCUGUUCACAAAUUAGCAGACAUAUUUGUUGCUAGCUUUGAGAUAAGUUUUGAAGAGCAGCUAUCUAUGUUGGAUUCUGUUGAUCUGAAGGCAAGGCUGUCAAAAGCUAAUGAGCUGGUUGACCGACAUUUACAGUCAAUACGUGUGGCAGAGAAGAUCACACAAAAGGUUGAAGGACAAUUGUCAAAAUCACAGAAAGAGUUUCUUCUGCGUCAGCAGAUGAGGGCUAUAAAAGAGGAGCUUGGUGACAAUGAUGAUGAUGAGGAUGAUGUGGCUGCCAUAGAAAGGAAGAUGCAAAGUGCAGGGAUGCCUUCAAAUAUCUGGAAGCAUGCCCAAAAGGAGUUGAGGAGGCUUAAGAAGAUGCAACCUCAGCAACCUGGUUAUAAUAGUUCACAUGUUUACUUGGAGCUUCUUGCUGAUCUGCCCUGGCAGACGGGAAGUGAACAACUUGAAUUGGAUCUAAAAGCUGCAAAAGAACGUCUUGAUAAUGACCACUAUGGUCUGAUCAAGAUCAAGCAACGUAUUAUUGAAUAUCUAGCUGUUCGCAAGCUUAAACCAGAUGCAAGAGGCCCAGUGUUAUGUUUUGUUGGUCCACCAGGUGUUGGAAAAACAUCUCUGGCUUCGUCUAUUGCUGCUGCCCUGGGCAGAAAAUUUGUCCGUAUAUCACUUGGUGGCAUUAAGGACGAGGCUGACAUUAGAGGGCACAGGAGAACAUACAUUGGAAGCAUGCCAGGGCGUCUCAUAGAUGGGAUAAAGAGAGUGGGUGUUUGCAAUCCUGUGAUGCUACUGGAUGAGAUUGACAAGACAGGUUCUGAUGUGCGCGGGGAUCCAGCUUCAGCUCUGCUGGAGGUUCUUGAUCCUGAACAGAAUAAAACAUUCAAUGAUCACUAUCUGAAUGUUCCAUUUGACCUGUCAAAGGUGAUUUUUGUGGCAACUGCAAAUAAGAUGCAGCCUAUUCCUCCACCUCUUUUAGACAGGAUGGAGGUCAUUGAGCUGCCUGGAUACACUCCUGAAGAAAAGCUUAGAAUAGCGAUGCAGUAUUUGAUUCCAAGAGUUUUGGAUCAGCAUGGGUUGAGCUCUGAGUUCCUUCAAAUUCCAGAGGCUAUGGUGGAAUUUGUCAUUCAGAGAUACACAAGGGAGGCAGGUGUACGAAAUCUGGAGAGAAACUUGGCUGCCUUGGCUCGUGCUGCAGCUGUAAGAGUUGCAGAGCAAGAACAAACUGUACCAUUGAGCAAAGAUAUGCACCGGCUUGCUUCACCAUUGUUGGAGAACAGACUUUCUGAGGGAGCAGAAGUGGAAAUGGAAGUUAUACCAAUGAACGAAAACAAUCAUGAGAUAUCAAACACAUUCAGUAUUGCCUCACCUUUGGUUGUGGAUGAACCUAUGCUGGAGAAAGUACUGGGGCCUCCACGGUUUGAUGACAGAGAAGCAGCAGAGCGUGUUGCAACCCCAGGUAUUUCAGUUGGGCUUGUCUGGACUGCCUUUGGUGGAGAGGUUCAGUUUGUGGAGGCUACAUCAAUGGUUGGAAAGGGUGAAUUACUUCUCACUGGACAACUUGGUGAUGUAAUUAAAGAAUCAGCACAAAUAGCACUGACAUGGGUACGAGCAAGGGCAACUAAUCUUAAGUUGGCAGCUGCUGACGAAACCGAUCUCCUUGAGGGUCGAGAUGUUCAUAUACAUUUCCCUGCUGGUGCUGUACCUAAGGAUGGGCCCUCAGCUGGUGUGACAUUGGUAACAGCUCUGGUUUCACUGUUUAGUCAGAAAAGAGCAAGAGCAGAUACAGCUAUGACUGGGGAGAUGACUUUGAGGGGCCUUGUGCUUCCUGUUGGCGGUGUCAAGGAUAAGAUAUUGGCGGCACACCGCAAUGGCAUCAAGAGAGUAAUUCUGCCAGAGAAAAAUUUAAAGGAUUUGGUUGAAGUACCCGCUGCUGUGCUUGGCAGUCUCGAGAUUUUACUGGCUAAGCGAAUGGAAGACGUGCUGGAGCAAGCUUUUGAAGGUGGCUGCCCUUGGAAACAACACUCAAAAUUAUGACAGAACCCCCUAGGACCAUAUCUAACCAAUCCCUGUUGACAUGGUAUUUGGCAUGUCCCAUGUAAAUUGGCAGACAACAGAUUUCGCCUUCAUUCUGCUGCCGCCUUCAGCAAUAGGAGAUCAAAAGAAGUGACAUUCAGUUAUACUGGCCACUGGUCAAACAAGGAAUGGCAAGUUCUACCGCUUGGACCUUAACAUUCAUAAUCUUUGAAAAGUUACCCAUGAAUCCACCCCCCUCCCCUCUCAUGCGUCAUGCGGUGGCUGUAUUUAUAGCAGGUGGCUUGGGUAAGCCACCGCAUCCCUAUUGUUUCGGCACCCCUUCCCCUUCUCAUCCUUUUAUGUGAUUAUAGAUUAGUGUAUGUAUAAGUUAUUUAUUUAACGGAGCUAGGCAAUGCCUGCCAUUCAGUUAAA